CAUGAAAAUACUGGAUCUUGAAAUUGAUCAAGAUAAAUCCGCAAUAUCCUUACUAAUGUAUUUGAGAGUCCGCUGGAAAGAGCCGAGAUUAAAAACCCUAAUUAAAUCGUAUCCUAUUUACUUCCGUAACGAAUCAAUACCUAAUCAAGAUAAGAAGAUUUAUCAUUUGUUAUGGCAUCCUGACUUUUUUAUUGCCAACUCUUAUGGGGAUCAUCUCGUACCAAGUUUAAAUGUUGAAGGGAAUAUAUUUUUUUCUAUGCAAGAAAAUACCGAAGUUACUCUAUCUGUCCCGAUUUCCACAAAGAUUCCUUGUCCCAAAACUGGAUUAUCUUAUGGUUCUAAUAUAAUUUGUAACGUACGAUUCACUAGCUACAAGCAUAAUAAAGGUGAUGUGAAAUUUAUACCAAGUGCAGAACAACCUAUAAGUUUUAAGAAGGAUUUAGAACUCACAAAAAAUUUAAAAUUGGAAUCGUAUCAAACUUCAGCUAUAUGUAGAAAAUCGCAGUUUCCAUGCACAGAUUUAAAAAUUUCAUUUAAACCGUCGUGGAUGAGAUCUGAAUAUCAACAAGCCUAUACUAUAGGAGUAUUUACAGUUAUAGCCUCUUGGAUUGGAUUUUGGUUAGAGAAGGAUAGAGAUAGAAUACUUUUAUCAACACUUUUAGUAACAAGUUUACAAAUAUACAAAGUUGGAUUUACUUUAUCAUGCCACGGAAAAAUUGGAGAGAAGGCAAUUGAAUUAUGGCUGUCAAUUUGCAUAAUUUUUAUACUUUUAACAAUUUUUCAAUUCGCUAUUGUUCGAAUUUUAAUUGAAAAAAUUCCAAAUACUAUAAAAUCUUUUAAAAGAAGCGACAAAGAUUUGGUAACUAAAUUUUAA